CGCCGCCCAAUCGGGGUUGAACGAUGGCGGAGGGGCUGCGGGUGGUGCUGUGCGUGGCGGGCGCGGCGCUGUCGGUGUACGCGCUGCAUGUGGAGCACCAGGCGGCGAAGGACCCGUCCUACCGAGCCGCCUGCGACCUGGGGCCCUCCGUGUCCUGCACCCGGGUGUUCUCCUCCCGGUGGGGGCGUGGCCUGGGGCUGGUGGAGCCGGUGCUGGGCGGGGCCAGCGCCCUGAACGUGCCCAACGGCGCCAUCGGGCUGCUCUUCUACCUGCUGCAGGGGCUGCUGGGCACGUCCCGGUCCCCGGCGGCGCGCGGGCGCGUGGGCACCUCGGUGUGCGCGGCGCUGGCCUCGCUCUGGCUCGGCGCCGUGCUGCUCUUCGGCCUCAGGGACCUGUGCGUGGUGUGCCUCAGCACGUACGGCGUGAACCUGGCGCUGCUGGCGCUCAACCUGCGGCGCUGGAGAGCAGGGCACAAAGCCAGCCCCAAAACGGAGUGAAACUGGCCCAAAAUGGAGAGAAAAUGGCCCAAAAUGGAGAGAAAAUGGCACAAAAUGGAGAGAAAAUGGCACAAAAUGGAGAGAA